CUAUAUUGAAAACUCCCAUUUUCUCUUCGAUUUGUUUACAAACAAAACGAGAAAAACAUCUGCAUAUAUAUCAAAGGUAUCGUCAGACAUGGAUUCCAGUACUAACAAAAGUGAUGGAAAUAACACGCACAAGAAACUGAUGGAAUCGUUCAUAGCUGCCCUUGACACACACACCAUCUCCAAGCAUGUGGAUAGCGACUUUGUAGGGGAGGCUGUAUUAAGCAAAAUUAACGCAUGUGUAGGUUACUUUAAGGCCCAUAAAUUUGGAACAUGCACGGAGUUGUGUGGAUUUAUGCUAGACAUUGUAUGGGAGAAACUCAACACGGGUCACUGGAAAGAUGUCAUCAUAAGUUGGAGGCAUGCUUAUACUAUUAUAUCAGUGUGUAAAGCUUCCUCUGAAUAUUGUCAACUCAUCGAAGAGGAGGGUGAUGUUAGUUUUCAAAUGGUAAUGAAGUCGUGUGAUAUGGGACUGCUCAUGGGGGCUCCGGUCUGUGAUAACAUUCUUGCAAGUCUGAGUUCUUUUUUGCAACAUGUAUAUCAAUGCAAGGUGCAGGGUCAGUCAGAUGAGAAAAAUGCUAGCUCAAAAUUAGCCUUUGAAUGCAGAAAAAGAAAGAAGGGUGAAUUUAUGGAAGAUAAGAACGAAGAACAAGUCACAGAUAUAAACAAUGAUACACAUGAAACUGAUUUAAAGAAAUAUAAGCGCAAUACAAGAUCUGAAGGUUUGGAAAGUAGAAUGGAUCCGGAAAAGAUUAUACAAAGGAUUGCCUGUCCAUCUAUGGAACAUUUCAUGACGCACUUUAGGAGCUCUGAGACACCGGUAAUAAUAACUGGAGCAAUGGACGGUUGGCCUGCAAUGUCGUCUAGAAAGUGGUCCUUGGAUCAUAUUAAAGCUAAGGCUGGCUACAGAACUGUGCCUAUUGAGCUUGGUUCAAAAUACACUGAUGAUAGUUGGUCUCAGAAAUUGAUGACAGUGAGGGAGUUUAUAGAAACACACAUUGAAGGUAAAUCUGAUACCGCAACGGACGAUGUUCCAAUUGGAUAUCUGGCCCAACAUCAGUUAUUUGAACAAAUACCGGAGCUCGAAAAAGAUAUUCUCACUCCUGAUUACUGCUAUCUUGGUGAUUCAGAUGAUGUAGAUAUCAAUGCAUGGUUUGGACCAGAAGGAACCGUGUCGCCAUUACAUUAUGACCCGAAACACAACUUUCUCUCUCAAGUGAUUGGUAGGAAAUAUAUUAGAGUUUACCCAUACUCUGAAACAGAUAAGCUUUAUCCCCAUGAAUCAACAUUGCUUAAAAAUACUAGCAGGGUGGACGUGGAUCAUUGUGACACAGUGAAGUUCCCUGAUUUCCACCGGGCAAAGUACAGGGAAUGCAUUUUGGAGCGUGGCGAAAUGUUGUACAUGCCACCGAAAGUGUGGCAUUUUGUUAAGUCGCUGUCUGUAAGCUUCUCUGUCAGUUUUUGGUGGGAAUAAAGUAAGUUACUUGUA